CACCAUGGCACUGCUGCUGGUUAGCUUGGCUCUCUCUGUUGGCCCAGCCAUAUGUUUUAAUGGGGGGUCUUUGACGUUCACACCUGGAAAAAGAUAUCCAGAUGGAUUAUUGGAGAUGCACUUUUACUACAGAGAGUCCUGUGGCUCUCAUCUCAACUGGAACUGUGAGAGUGGAGAUUGUAACUACCUCCCAUACACAGCAAUGAUCACAAAUGAGGUGACGGAUCAGGACCACUCAGAUCAAAAUCUGUGGUGCCAGUCAGAGAGUCACAUGAUGACCAAUGUCACCAACAACGGCCCCUUCAUUCUGGGUGAUUCUGGUUGUUGUUGGGAAAAUAAUGUUCACAAUGUGGUUGGAUGGACCCUUCGAACUCUUGUUGACACAGGACGACGUUCGGACACUCAGUCUCCAAACAGAUCCCCUGUUUCGGCAGCAGUAUCAAACAUAAGGAUUCCUCAGAACUGUUUCCAGAACUUUCCUCUGUUGGACAAUGACCCAGAUGGAGAUGUUGUGAGAUGCAGGUUUAGUGAUGCCAACUGCUCAUCGUGUCAUCAACAUCCAAACAUACAUAUCGAUGAGGGCUCAUGCACUCUGCACAGAAAUGGCUCAUUGGCGCUGGGUCUGCAUGUGUUUGAGCUAAUGCUAGAGGAUUAUCCUGUGUCAGACAUCACUGUGACAGAUGGGAAAGGGGUCUCCACAGCCAAAAAUGCUUUUAAUCUGACUGGCAACACUACCCCAACUCCACUCAGUCAAGUGCCUCUGCAUUUUGAAAUUCAGAUUCUUCCGCCAGUUCAGGGUUGUGUACCAGGUGUGAACAAGCCAAGUUUCUUGUCUCCGACUCCCUUACAUGGAGAAGAAUAUUACGCCGCUGUGGGACAAGUUCAUGAGAUCACCAUUCGAGCCCAAAGCUCGGACAACAGCAUUGUUGACUUCCAAGUCAGUGGACCCUUUAAUAUGUCCAAAACCUUGAGAAAUGAGGAUCAUGGGGUCUCUGUGGCAACGCUGACCUGGACGCCACAGGAAACGGAUCUGUAUCGUCACGUACCCGUGUGUUUUACAGCAGAGACCCUUAACAGCCAGUCAGAGAUGAGGUGCAUCGUUGUGGUUGUGGCGAAAUCGAAGGUUCUAUCAGGAGAAGCUGAGGUCUCCUGCGGGGAUAACAGUAUCAGCAUUUCCGUAAGAAAAGCCUCCAUGGAGGGCAUUGACCAGAACUGGCUUCAACUGAGAGAUCCCACCUGCUCUCUUACCACAAAUGAAACCCACAUCCUGGGCACGAUGUCCCUCAACACCUGUGGCACUACAGUGGAGGACUCUGGAGAUUUCAUGGUCUUCAAAAAUGAAAUCAACUCCUUUGAGAACCCAAAUGCAGUCAUCACCAGACGUAAUCAAGUAAAGAUUGGCUUCUCCUGCCAAUAUCCCAAAGUAGCCAGCGUCUCCACCCACUAUGUCAACCACAAGUCUGACUACAUCUUCACUGAAUCCAGCUUUGGAACAUUUGGUUACUCAUUUGAAGUUUUCACAGACAACAACUUCAACAGUCAGGUAGAUCCCAACCUGUAUCCAGUGGAGGUGAAGCUCAUGCAGAGGCUCUACAUGGGUAUUGAAGCCCAUUCCGCUCUCCCAGAGGUCAAACUCUUUGUUGAGUCCUGCAGGGCCACUCCAGACGACAACCCAUAUAGUACCCUCUAUUAUGACAUCAUCAAAGACGGGUGCAUUUUAGAUGAAACAGUCAAGGUUUAUUCAAGCAAUUCCACAAAGUAUGACUUUGAGAUCCAAGCUUUCAAGUUCACAGGUGGCUUCGAUGAGGUGUACAUUAGCUGCUCUGUGAUUCUGUGUGCGGAAGGAAGCCCAAACUCCAGAUGUGCCCAAGGCUGCCUCCAGCAAACCUCACACAAACGUAGACGAGAUGUGAACCAAGAAACAGCCAGGCACUACAUCACACAGGGUCCCUUGCGCGUGCUCAGAGAAACGCAGCAUUCUGCAGAAGAAAACGGUAGAUCUGUACAUGUCAGUGCAAGCACCGGUGUCUUUGCAGGACUCUUCGUUGUCUCCAUUGUGGUACUGGUGGGGCUGUUGGUAUAUAAUGCCAAAAAAACAAGAGCACUUGACCGCAUGCAUCUACUACCUGCUUUCUGAAAUCGUUUCUUAGUUAACAAUGCAAACAAUACCAAGAGUUUCUAGUCUUUACAGUUACAGUAAAUAGAACAGCACAACAAUAGCUUUUAGAGCGGCUGGCAUUGUCCUAAUGCUUUCAGAAAAUUGUCCUUUGUCUAUUAUUAUUUUCCAUGAUUUUAUUCUUCAUUUUCACAUGACAUGAUUCAUAUAAUGUAACAUGCUUAUUGGUGGGUACUAUUAUUGGAGAAUAGAUAACUUUUGUAUGAAUAUGUGCAAUCUGGCAUUUUUUGGAUGAAGUUAAAACAGUGCUUGAUAUUGUGGUUUGCAUUUUUAUAGGCAGUGAAAAGCUAUAUAAAAAUGUCUGUAUUCUUGAAAUAAAAAAUAAAUAAAAAUGUUUUAUUAU